AUGAUGAUGAAAACACAUCUGAUGAAGAAAUUACGAAUGAUGGUUUAAAAAAUGCUAACCAGUGCGUUACGGUUGAUAUAAUGAAAUUUUACAACUUUCUUUCCGAAUUAUGUUCCAAUCUUGCCAAACCAAUAUUGGAUGUUUUCAUUUAUAAUAUACAAUUAGCAAAGAACGUAGUAGGAGAGGGAUUAUUUGCAUUAUCAUUGAUGGUUCAUAAAUCAUCCGUAAUACUGCGAGCAUUAACACCGCCGUUUGGAAAGUCGCUGAAAAACAGAAGCUCGAGAUUUACGCAUUCACGCUUAAUUGAAAAUGCAGAAGAAAUUGCGCUUUAUUCUGGUCAUGAAGUUGAAAAGGCUAUUUUAGAUCGCAAUUAUUUUGCAUUGAUUAAACAUGUUAAUAGAAUCUUCCGCAUGCGCGUUUUUCACGGUAUGAUGGAGGAUUUUAUCAUCAAAUAUUUGUGGGGCGCUUUGGGUUUAAUCCUUUGCUCUGUUCCUGUGUUCUUUACUGUGCCGGGAGUAAAUAAAGGCGAUCUUGGUUCUCGUGCAGAAGGAUUUAUCACCAACCGCAGAUUAUUGUUAAGCUCUUCAGAUGCUUUCGGACGCAUAAUGUAUUCUUAUAAGGAAAUUACCGAGUUGGCUGGCUACACUGCCCGAAUACCUGAACUUUUGGAUACCUUUGAUGCAGUAAAAGCAGGUCGUUAUGAAAAACAACUUGUUUCUUCAGUUUCAACUGAUGAAAACGCCGCAGUAUUAUCGGGUCGUGGAGAAGUCAUUGAAGAUGCAGCAACUAUUGAAUUCAUUGAUGUGCCUAUAGUAUCCCUAAAAGGGGAUGUUGUCUCUGCCUGUUUACGUGGUACUGUUCAUCGACUAAAUCCAAGAGAUAUUUUUAUAUUCCCCAACGUCCUUACUUAUCACUGGGCACGUUGCGUGACCAAAUUAUUUAUCCACAUACCGUUUCUGAAAUUACAAAGCAGGCGGGCUGUAAUAAAUUAUCAAUCUGAGAAGGAGCGCUACCUUCGAAUUAUUUCUGAUCUUGAUGAAAAGAUACAAAUGGAAAGGGCUAAUCUUGUUGAGCUCACCAGCAAAUGGUAUGAAAGAAAAGAUGUGGAUAAAGAGCCUGAUCUCAGAAUAAACCCUAACGAGGGAGAUUUUGAAGAUUUUGGAAAAGAUUUUGAUCAUAGUGAAGGGAUUAAUAAUGAAUCUUCAGCCGGUUCAACCUCCUUUAGUUCUCGAAAAAGAAGAGAUAUGAAUGAAGAGCCUGAUUUUAGGAUAAACCCUAUUGAGGGGAAUUUUGAAGAUUUUGGAGAUGGUUUUGAUUUGGGUGAACUUGUCAAUUAUAAUGUUGGGUCUUCAUCAAGAAGGUGUCAUAGGACUAACCCUUCAAUACAAAGGGUAACAUCUCCUCCACGAAUACCUCCUUCACGAUUACCUUCAUCACCACUAUCGUCCUCACUUAUAUCAGGAUUUUUUUGGUGA